UUUCUCGCCCAGACGCUGGGGCGGCGCAGGGUGAUCGAGGUCCAGCCUGCGGGCCACGCCCGCUGCUGCCGGGUGCGAGCGAUCAGGUGAGCCCGGGCGGGAGGCGGGCGUGCCACCUGUCCCCGCGGCCGAGCCAUGGCGCUGGCCGCCGCCGCCGCGGCUGCGGCCGCCGGGGUGAGCCAGGCGGCGGUGCUGGGCUUCCUGCUGGAGCACGGGGGCCAGGUGCGCUGCUCCGAGCUCAAGAGCCGCUUCAAGCCGCUGCUGGAGGCCGGGGACCCGCGCGGCCGCGCCGCCCGCAAGGACCGCUUCAAGCAGUUCGUCAACGACGUGGCGGUGGUGCAGGAGCUCGACGGCGUCAAGUUCGUGGUGCUGAGGAAGAAGCUGUGGCCCCGGGAUGGCGCGGAGCCCCGGCCCCAGCCCCCCGGCGACCCCGACUGCCCGGAGGAACCCAUCCCGCCGUCGAAGGUCACCUCCGACCCCCCUGGAGCCAACGCUGCCCCGGAGGCGCCAGCCUUGGCCUCGCCGCCGCGGUCUGGGUCUGGGGGUCUCGCCUCGCCAACAGAGCCAAUGGGCACCCCCUGGCCCGCUGCCUCCCAGCGUGACCAGCCGACCGCAGAGCUGUCGGGGACGGCGCGGCAGUCUGGGGGACCCUCGCACCUAGCCCAGCCCUGGCGGGCGCCGUCGGCGAAUACCUCGUCCGACGUGAACCCGCAGGCCCCAGAACUCGGAGCGAGGAUCCCCACGAAGCCGCCUCCCGCGCCCGCCCGCGCGCCGCCGCCGCAGAAGCCCUGCAUGCUGCCCGUGCGCUGUGUGCCCGGCCCCGCGGCGCAGCGCAUCCGGGCCGAGGAGCAGGGCCUGCGCCGGCAGAUGUCGGAGGAGCCGAGCCCGCGCGCCUCCCCGCUGCUGCUCCGGCGGCUGUCGGUGGAGGAGCCGGGGCUGGGGCUGGGGCUGGGCCCCAGCCGCUCCCCGUAUUUGAGGCGCCCGUCGCGCGCCGGCCCGCGGCUGCUGAGUCCCGACGCGGACGACGCGCCCGCCGCGCCGCCGCCGGCCGCCGUGCCCCUGGAGCCGGCCGAGCACGAGUGGCUGGUGCGCGUGGCCGGCGGCCACUGGUCCCACCAGCUGCACGGGCUGCUCCUGCGCGACAGCGGCCUGGCGACCAAGCGCGACUUCAUCUCCGGCUUCACCGCCCUGCACUGGGCCGCCAAGAGCGGCGACCGCGAGAUGGCGCUGCAGCUGGUGGAGGUGGCGCGGCGCGGCGGCGCGCGCGUGGACGUGAACGCGCGCUCCCACGGCGGCUACACGCCCCUGCACCUGGCGGCGCAGCACGGCCACGAGGAGGCGGCCGUGCUGCUGGUGAAGGACCUGGGCGCGCAGGUGCGCGUGCGCGACCACAGCGGCCGCCGCGCCUACCAGUACCUGCCGCCCGGCGCCUCGUACGCGCUGCGCCUCCUGCUCGGCGACCCCGACCUGCGCAGCCCCGAGGCCGAGGCCACCGGCGGGGCCAGCGGCGGCUUUGCGGCCCGGCGCCCGGUCCAGGUGGCCGCCACCAUCCUCAGUUCCACCACCAGCGCGUUCCUGGGCGUCCUCACCGAGGACCCCAUGCUCCAGGAACUGACCCGCGGCUUGAAGAAGUCCAGUUCCUUCAGCAAGUUACUGGGUGCCUCCCCGCUGGCGCCUCGUAAAAAGACCAAGACCCGCGGGGUCCUGCCGGCCUUUGGCGAAAUCCCCCGCCGAACCACUGCCGGGCCUUUCGCCGGUCUGGUGCCCACUCUGCCACCCACAACCUGACGGGCCCUGAGCCUCCCGCCUGCUCCCUAAGUCUAAGGUUGUGCAAGUGAAUCGCCCGAAUCUGGGCCUCCAGCAGUUUCCAGCCUUGCGCACCGCCACGUGUGGGCCCCUGGGUUGGGCCAAGGCCUUCUGCUGGGAGCUCGAGCUGUCUCCAGACAAGGAAUGCAACAUCCCAGUGAGUGCCUCUGGGGAAGAGCUGCUGGAGGCACGCCUGGACUUUGGGGGAUGGGUGGGGGGCUUGAAAUUUAGGGUUAAAGGUGGAAGGGGCAGCAGCUGGUCUGGGCCCUCACGUCAUGCCUCUGAGCCGAUCCACUCCCCAGCCGGAUGUAGAUGUAGAGCCUGAGAUGUUGGCCCUUUUCAGCUCUAAAGAGAGACGUGGUUUUGUAACUUGGUACUUUUAUCCUGUUUAUAAAUUGAAGUGAGGUAGAAUAAGUUUCAUAAUAAUAACCUUUUGAAAUGGUAUUUUUCCAUGUUUAGGCAAAGUGCUCCGGCGUUUGCAGUAUUUUGCUAUUUUGGAAUUCUCUUUAAAAUAAUGAUCCAAACAAAGGUUAUUCUUGACCAACAAAAUCUUUAAACGUUUAUCUACCUCCUUUUAGGCAGUGAAGGUUCCUGAGUCUUGAACACAGAUGAGCAUUAUGACCAUUGUGAAUGUACUUCAUUUCAUUAUACUGUGAAUGCGAAAUACUGAGAAACAAGUGCAUCUUGGGAGUAAAUGUGACAUAACAAAGACAGGAAAAAGACUUGGAAAAUACUUUUAGUCUGUGAUUGCCUUGAUGGGGAAAUAUAACAUUUCUUUGCCACCUGAGGGCAGCUAUUUUGAUGUUGUGAAUAAUUUUUCAAGUCUGAUUUAACUGUGAAUUGCACUUUUGUGCUGUAUUUCUGAACCUGUGGUUUUUCAAAUCUGGCAGGACCUUUUAGAAAGUAGGUGAAUAUUCAGGGUUUGGACAGCAGGUAGGGUGCCUGCAGUUGCCAGUGGCCAACCUGAAAAUCAGCUGAAAACAGAUUAUUCUUUGUUAGCAAAUGCAGAAUCUGCUCAGUGACCUUGCAGAGGUAGCUUCACCCUUCUGGACCAUGUUCCUCUCUGUAAUCAAGAAGGUUUGUAAGAUUGUGCCAAGAUUUCCCAGAUUCAACACAGCCUAAUUUUUAUGGUUCGUUCUCUCUUUUAAAAAUGUGGAAUCUAUUUGUUCAACUUUUUUGAAAUCUCAAAUUGACAAUGUUCUGCUUUUGCAAAUUGUGUCUUGCAUGUCAUUAGAUAUAUAUCACUGAGGUCUCUGAAAUACUUAAGCCUGUCUUUCAUGGAAUGUUUUGAUAUAAGCAAGGAAAUAAAGCCUCCCAUUUUAUUCUU